UAGAAGAUUGUCACAAUGACACUAUCGUGAUAUGCGUAAUCGCGAUACGACGCGACGCUUCGGACUUUCUCGGGUUUUGUCGUGAUUUGCGUGACUUCGUCAAAGUAGUCGUCUCUUGGCUUCCGCGAUAGAUUCACCAUUCUUGCGUACGACACAGCCAACAUCUUCAAUUCACUAAUAACGUUGAUUCAAUCAAAAAAUCGAUUCCUAAUGUAAUCCUGUAUCAUUAACAUUCUUAAAACUACAAAUUAUAUUUACUUUACAUCUGUGAAAUAUAAUUAAUAAUCAAUAUUUCAUAGCACGAGUGAUUUGUCAUUUUGACGAUUAAAUUAGUAAUAAUAAUUCAUUCUUCCUGAGUUACAUGUGAAGAUGAUCUAAGUGCAUAAAACGGAAUCAUAUCAAAUUGGAAAUUUAUACCAGAAGCUAAGGAUAAUUACUUUCUAGAUAUUUUAUUAUUAUUACAUAAAUAUUUUUUGGCACAUAAGAGCAAACUUCCUUCAGAAAGACAUCGCAAUAAACGAUUGCGAUAUAUUGGAGUUAUCUACCCGAAGUUUCCUCAGUUGGAGUAAAUGCGUUCCGUUUUCAAUUUCGAGAACGAGAUAUCUCUUUGGUAUAUCUUAAGACAUUUAGUUUUGUAAAAAGAUGUCUUCAGAGAGUACUUCGGAUCUAACAAAGUGGGCUCCAGAAAUCCCCACUGUCCAGGAAAUUAGUCAAUCUAUGCAGAAUUUUGGCGUGCCUGAUUACACUGUAUUCACUGGGAUGUUGAUAAUAUGCGGCAUUGUUGGUAUUUACUUUGGCUUCGUAAAGAAGUCCUCAGGUGAAGACGAGUAUCUGGUUGGUGGGCGGAACAUGAAAACAUUUCCAGUCAGCCUCAGUUUGCUAGCCAGUUUUAUAUCAGGUAUCUCGUUAUUGGGUACACCGACGGAGAUAUACGUACAUGGCAUAAGUUAUCUGUAUAUUUGCUGUGCGAUCAUCUUUGUCAGUCUUGUCACGUACAUCGUGUAUUUACCAGUUUUUCAUGAGCUUAAACUCACAAGCACUUAUGAAUACCUCGAAAAACGUUUUGAUAAAAGGAUAAGAUUGCUAGGUUCUGUCCUGUUUGCUAUCAGUAUCAUUACUUGGCUUCCAAUUGUCAUCUAUGUACCCGCUUUGGCUUUUAAUCAAGUCACCGGAGUAAAUGUACAUAUAGUUACACCAUUUGUAUGCAUUGUUUGCAUAUUCUACACCUGUGUGGGUGGUCUCAAGGCUGUAGUAUGGACAGAUUUCUUUCAGACUUUUAUUAUGUUCGGUUCCAUGUUGUUAAUUAUAAUCAAGGGCACAGCCGACAUUGGUGGAUUGUCGCUAGUAAUUCGAAGAAAUCUGGAUUCCGGAAGAAUUGAAUUUCCUACGACAGAUUGGAGUCCUUCGGCGAGGCAUUCAAUUUGGGCGCUUACUAUAGGAGGUUUCAUACAUUGGAUACAAAUCACAGCCAUUAAUCAAAAUAUGAUUCAACGAUAUUUAUCUCUUCCUACUUUGCAAUCAGCUAGAAGAGCACUCUGGAUUUUUAUGGUCGGUGUUACACUGUUGAUUUGUCUAUGUGGAUAUGCUGGUAUGCUGAUUUAUGCUUGGUAUCAUGAAUGCGAUCCACUUACGACCAAGCUGGCACGUGCUAAGGAUCAACUAUUACCGUUGUUAGUUAUGAACGUUUUAGGAGAAUUUCCAGGACUUCCUGGUCUCUUUGUGGCUGGUGUAUUUAGCGCUGCACUUAGAUUGCACGCGUCGCAUCGCGUCUUGCAUCUCCUGCGCCUACAAGUUUCCGCAAGCGCGAAUCUCUACACAAGCAGCGCGACACGCGAAAGUUCAUUAUCAACCGGUCUAAAUUCCAUGGCAGCUGUGGUACUGGAGGACUUUGUUAAGCCCUUUACAAAGACUCCUUUUACACGUAGAGGCGCUGAUAUUUUUAUGAAGCUCACGGUUGUCGUUUUAGGAGCAAUUUGCGUUGCUCUCGUUUUCGUCGUCGAGCAGGCGGGUACUCAUAUGUUACAGUUGUCCAUAACUCUUGGCUCCAUUACAAAUGGACCAUCCUUUGGUAUUUUCAAUAUGGGAAUAUUAUUACCAUGGAUUAAUGGCAAAGGUGCUUUAAUCGGAGGAAUAGUAGGUUUGGGUUUCAUGGGUUGGCUUGGUCUUUCCGCCGAAGCAGCUAUUACCAGUGGAAAAAUCAAGUUCGAUAUGAAACCCGUUACCACAGAGGGAUGCACUUAUUCAUUCUCACAAGUAGAGAAUUUAUUGUUAUCUGUUCCACCAGAUUCAAUUUUGGAUGAUGUUGAAGAGACAUCAUGGGCAUUAUACCGUAUCAGUUAUCUUUGGUAUACCAUGGCUGGUGCUUUAGUGACCAUGGGUGUUGGUCUUAUCGUAACUCUGAUUACCUCUGAAGACAUUGAAAAAUUAGAUCCAAUGCUUGUAGCACCGUUUGUAAGAAAAUACCUAAAAACUUCAAGAAAAGAUAUUGCGCUCGAAGAACUUCAACAAAUUAAGGUUUCAAAAUUGAAUGAAAAAGUGGAGACUACUAUCAAUGAGGAUGAUAAAUUGUUAUCAGAAGCAACUUCAACAUGAUGUAAUAAGUAGCAAUUAAUAUAAAUUUUAAUCUUUAAUUCUUGGAAUUUGUUAAAAAUAGUUUCAAUUUUGUAAUUCAAUAAUAUUGAUUUAUACAGGGUGUUCCAUUUUUAAAAACGGAUCUUGAUAAUUCUUC